AUGUCGUCCCUCGAGGCCAAGAUCGUUGUCCUCGGCUCCCAGAAUGUCGGCAAGACGAGCCUUGUCAUGCGUUACUGCAAAGGCUCCUUCAACCCGGCCCAGACCACGUCAACCGUCGGCGCGAGCUUCAUGACCAAGCGCGUCGUCGAUACAGACACGGACACCGUCGUGCGCCUGCAAAUCUGGGAUACCGCCGGUCAAGAACGUUUCCGCUCCAUCUCCCGCCUCUACUACCGCGGCGCCAACGCCUGCAUCCUCUGUUACUCCAUCACCGACGCCCAGUCCUUCACUGAGAUGGGCGUCUGGCUUACCGAGCUCCGCCGCAACCUCCCCGGCGACGUCGUUCUGCACGUCGUCGGCACCAAAGCAGACAUCGUCGCCCGCGAUCCAUCCCGCCGCGAGGUCCCUUUCGAGCGCUGUAUAGCCUACGUCGCCGAGAACCUCGCCCCCGGCCUGGCCUCGACCCCGCCGCCCACCGCCACCCCCAGCGGUAUGCCAUCUAUCCUCUCCUCCUCCGACCCGCGCCAGUCGUCAUCCCAGGUUCACCAGAGCACGAGCACCUUCGGUGGCGGCGGCGGCGGCGAGCCGCGGAGCCCGAGCUCCAAGAGGUCGUCCGGCUUCUGGGGCCAAGAGGUUGGAUGGGACGCGUGCCACGAGAUCAGCGCCGAGAGCGGCGAGGGCGUUGAGGAGGUUUUCCGCGUCGUGACGAGGAAGCUGGUCGAGCAGAACCGCAAGAUGCAGCAGGCCCUGCUCUUGGCCACGGCCACGCCAGGCACACCGGGCUACGAGACCGGUAUGGACGGCGGCUACUUUGACGGCAUGAACCCGCGCGGCAGCUUCCGCGUCGGUCGCGACAGGCGGAGCUGGCUGUUCUCACCAAACUUCUCGCCUGCUGUCACGGUCGAGCAGGGCGGCACGGAGCAGGAUGCCGACGAGGCCGCCGCCAAGGCGAGGAGGAAGUGCUGUUAA